CUCGUGACAGCAGGUUCAUGAGCUGAGAGAACGGUUUGGAAGCUACAGGUGUAUGUUCCUGGGAGUUAAAGCCACGUCGGCGAAAGAAGAGUACCUUGAAGGACCGGGAAAUGACGGAAGGGAUGAAUCAUUCGUUUUUUUUAAUGAUGUAGCCGCUCUUUUUGAGAUUGGUACAAAUUUCAUACUGGUUGUAAAUCUUCGGCUGAAUGGUAGAAAUGGUCGCGGCGGAGUAGGCCUUUGUCAUGCCUCGGACUCGCCUAAGAACGUAAGCGGAAUAAGAGAGCUCUGGUCCGGGGAGACUCAGUGUCGUGGAAGCGUCUACUUCGAAAGUCUGUUCUUUCUUCAGGGACGUACAGACCUAGAGACAUGAUCGCACCAGCCAGAAAGGAUUUUGUGUCUGUAGCAGUAGAUGAAAGUGGGGCUUAUACGAAUGGCAAACAGCGCAAGCAGUCAUACUGGAGGAAAUGGAAGCAGUUGCCCAGCCUGCAGCGCAGCCUUAUCCUGUUUGUUCUGGUUCUGCUCCUGAUCACUGGGAUCAUCCUUUACCCCGGUCUGGUGAAACGUUGGGGAGUUCAUUCGGACACAGUAGAAGGAAGGAACGAUGGUGAUGGGAUGGGGAUGCAAGCACCUAUUGAGAGGAAGAGUGGAGGCAAAGUUGUUCUGCCUGUGCCCCCUUCAGAGAGAAAGGGCUCUCGUAAGCGAGGACCACCUGUCCUGCAGAACCGCUCCCAGAAUAAAGGAAAUGUCUCCGAGUCACGGGGAGUGGAGAUGAAGAAGAUGGUGGUGGAGGAGGAUGGGAACAAGUCGCUAAUCAGUUGGCGUGGUGCUGUGAUCAAGGUGGAUGAAGACACGGAUACUAAGAAGAAAGAGGUGCUGCCUGAGGCUGAGGACUCCUCAGUAGCAGCGAGCAGGCUAGAGGCAGUGAGGGAGGCUUUCCAACAUGCUUGGAAAAGCUACAAAGACUUUGCCUGGGGUCAUGAUGAGCUCAAACCCAUUUCAAAAUCUUACACUGAGUGGUUUGGGCUGGGGCUAACUCUUGUUGAUUCACUGGACACUAUGUGGAUCUUGGGGCUGAAAAAAGAGUUUGAGGAAGCCAGGCAGUGGGUGGCCACACAUCUGUCCUUUGAGAAAAACGUGGACGUGAACCUGUUCGAGAGCACCAUCCGCAUAUUGGGUAGCCUGCUCAGCACUUACCAUCUGACCGGUGACGCAUUGUUCCUGGAGAAAGCUAAAGACAUCGGCUCCAGGUUGAUGCCCGCCUUCAACACGCCGUCAAAGAUCCCGUACUCGGACGUGAACAUUGGAAGUGGUGUGGCUCAUCCACCACGCUGGACCUCCGAUAGCACUGUCGCUGAGGUGACCACCAUCCAGCUGGAGUUCCGCGAGCUCAGCCGACUCACUGGAGACUCCAAAUAUCAGGAUGUAGUAAUGGAGGUAAUGAAGCAGGUGCACAAACUAGGAGGGAAGCAGGAUGGCCUGGUGCCCAUGUUCAUCAACACCAACAGCGGGCAGUUCACUCACCUGGGCGUGUACACUUUGGGUGCCAGGGCUGACAGCUACUAUGAAUACCUGCUGAAACAGUGGAUCCAAGGUGGCAAGAUGGAGAUGGAGUUGUUGGAGGACUACAUGCAGGCGGUAGAGGGGAUUCAAAAGAACCUGCUGAAGAAGUCUUCUCCUCUUGGCCUUACGUUUGUAGGAGAGCUGUCUCACGGACGCUUCAGCCCCAAGAUGGAUCAUUUAGUGUGCUUCCUGCCUGGCACGCUGGCCCUGGGGGCGCACAACGGCCUGCCCGCCGAGCACAUGGAGCUAGCAAAGCAGCUGAUGGAGACCUGCUACCAGAUGUACGCACAGAUGGAGACGGGCCUGAGUCCUGAGAUCGUGCACUUCAACAUGCAAGCGGACAGCACACAGGAUGUGGAUGUUAAACCUGCAGACAGACACAACCUGUUAAGGCCAGAAACCGUGGAAAGCCUUUUCUACCUGUACCAGUUCACCAAGGACAAGAAAUACCAGACCUGGGGUUGGGAGAUCUUUCAAAACUUCAAUAAAUACACCAGGGUCGAUACCGGUGGUUACACCUCCAUCAAUAAUGUGCGAGACCCGAAGUCUCCCAGUCCACGUGACAAGAUGGAGAGCUUCUUCCUGGCCGAGACACUCAAAUACUUCUACCUGCUGUUUUCAGACAACUCGGACCUUAUUAACCUGGACACGUACAUCUUCAACACAGAGGCCCAUCCUUUGCCCAUAUGGCCAAAGGCUGAGUGAUUGACUCGGGGGCGCUCUCUCUCUCUCUCUCUCUCUCUCUCUCUCUCUCUCUCUCUCUCUCUCUCUCUCUCUCACACACUUCUCUCAGGGCUUUACAGAAAGACUUCUCAGUUCCUUUGCUAUCUAAACUGCCUUGUUUCUUUUUCCUAUUUGGGGAACAAGAAUCAUUUCGUAUUUAAUUAGCGACAAUUUCUACAAGUGUUUUAUUAAAGUCACGUGAUACAUUUAGAGAUCAGAAUACAGACUGCCAGAAGCGGCGUGCUUCUUUUAUCCCAGCGUAAAUCUCAUCUUUGCACUCUACACAAUUUCAUUAGUGCUGAAUGAGAACAAAUCCAAUUCUCUAUGCUGUGGAUUAUCAAUCAUAUCCAGCAUGACCGUGCUGAACUCCUCAUCCUCCAUCAUCAGAGAAGGAGGCUUCAGAGUUGACUGUGACACACGAUAAUAGCCUGAUCGCCACAGCACCGUCGAGCACAAUGAGAGACGAAGGGAAACAGGCACGAAUUACACUGUUGCCAGUCACUCUGUUCUUUAACCGUUUAAAUAGGUAAAGUCCAAGAGUCGAAUUCACUUUCUAACUGUGAACCUUUUUGUACAGACUGUGAGCACUUUAUGGCGUCCCAAAUCCCCUUUUGUGAUCAAAUCUGUCCUGUUUUUUUUUUCUUCCCCCGCAGUGUUCCACGUUGAGUUUUUAUCCCUUAAAAGGAAAACGUUUGUGUUAUAUUUUAUAUAUACUAUAUAUUUUUUCCUUGCUGACUUGAUGAGCACAGCCAUCACUGCCAUUCCUGUAUAUAGGGAAAGUAAUGUUAUAUCUUGGUGAUGUAAGUUCCCCCCCCUUACCCGUGCUGUAUUUUAAAAUACUACCUGAUAAUGAUUACAUAGACGUCUAUGUGAUAGUUUACACCUAAAACAUGGACCAGUAAAUUCGUCGCUAAACUUUGAACAAAAUAUUUGCGAGUAACUUCCUUAUUUCAUUGUUGCUUUGUGGUUUUAAAUUCUUAUUUCAGUAAAUCCUGCGAUGAUUAUCCCCGCCUCCCAAGCAACAAUCGGCUGCCAGUCGUUGCUGUUUCAAAGCCAUAUGAAGUUACGGAGCGAGAUUGUGAAAAAAUGAGCGAAUUCUUCACUGGGCGUACCAAGUAAUAAUAAAAUAGUCUGUCAGUUUAAUUCUGGCUUAAAUUUGCUUAUACCAGAGUGCUGUUGAAGUCUCUAAUCUGAUUGGUUAGGAGGUGUUGUGUCAUUUCUAUAACUGUAGCUCGCAGUAGAUUUCAAAGCACAUCACAAGUUCGUACUGAUGCACUCGAUCGAAUACGUUAUUGUUUCUAUAGUAACAACUAACACCGAUUAUGUGGAGCAUCCGCCAUACAAGUCGAAGACCAAUAAUCUGCAGAGUAAAAUGUGUUCUUUUAAACAAAGAAAAAAAAACCACGAGUCAUGUUAAUGAAACAGUGACGUUUUCUGGAAGGAGUCUCCAGAUGGAUUUUUUUAUUGAUCUUUUUAGACAUGAAAAAGUCUACAGGAUGGAGGGCUUUGCCUUUUCAUGGUAAUGUAGUAUAAGCUGCCUUUUUUUCUUUUGGUCCUGUUAAUCAGUGCAUCACACCAUUUGAUAGUUCUAGGAAAAUAAAUCAUUUAUUCCAUUUAUCAGGCGUCGUUAGCGUGGUCUUCAUCUAACGUAACCUCUGUGAUAGCACAUCGCCUCAUUCGUAUGAUGACAUAUUAGACCGUGUUGGGUUUAAUAACUGUAUCUCCCUCGUUACGGCUGAUUCAAUAGACAUUGCUUACGUCUGACGUAGAGCUCAGCCAUGAAGCGCCGAAAUUUGUGAAUCGUGUGUUGUUCUGCUUGUGCCUUUUGAAUCUUUACGGAGCAAUGAUAAUGAAGUAUAUUUUGAUUCCUGAGACUGAUGUUUUGUAUUGAAACGUCACACAUCCCAUGAAUACGGCUGUGGUUUUGUAUUAGUGUUUACAGAUUUGUUGUAGAUACUGGGAAAUCAGUGUUUUUUUGGGGUGGUUUUUUUUUUUUUUUUUUUUUGCUUAUUUAUGAUAGAUUUUGUAAUGAUUAAAGUUAAAUCACUGAUAAAUGAAACCAGCUCACAUGCAUUUUGUAAUAAUGUGUUAAAAUAUACAAAUGGCUAAUGUUCAUAUUUUACAUAUACAGUUAAGGGCUUUGUAUGUAUAUAUUUUUUUCCCUCCCCGGUGAUGAAUGUGUACGUUUCUUAAAUUAUCAUUGUCCUUCUAGAGAUUGACCAAAGACAGCGCUGUUCAAAAAGAAGACCUGAAUUAAAACAUUUUUUUUCAUAAGUGAUGCUGAAAGAAGCAAAUAAUUCAAAUGCGUGUUCAAUGCUGAUAUUGUUAUAUAUAUAUAUAUAUAUAUAUAUAUAUAUAUAUAUAUAUAUAUAUAUAUAUAUAUAUAUAUAUAUAUAUAUAUAUAUAUAUAUAUAUAUAUAUAUAUAUAAAUAAUAUAAAAAUAUAUAUAUAUAAAAAGUGAUGUAAAAUCAGUUGGAAUCUGUCAUGGUUGACCGCUUUAAGAGUUUUUGGAAAAUGUGUGUAAUGUGAGGUUGUGCAAAAGAAAAGCAUUCUUCAAUAAACAGUUUUGUAAUCUCUUACAAAAGAGAUGCAAAUGA